AUGGCGCCCUCUCUCCUGCAGGCGUACAGGAGGCGCUGGUGGAUGGCGGUGACGGCAGUGCUGGAGAACCUGCUGUGUUCGGCCGUGCUGCUGGGAUGGGGCUCGCUGCUCAUCAUGCUGAAACGAGAGGGCUUCUACUCCCACCUGUGCUCAGUGAAUGAGUCCUUAGUCGCGUCUUCGGGUAACUCUUCUGAAGGUGACGUUGAGUGGCUCUACUGCCUGGACCAGGAAGAGAUGCUGAAUCUGGGCUUCACUAUUGGGUCCUUCUUGCUCAGUGCCACCACCCUGCCACUCGGGAUCCUGAUGGACAGGUUUGGACCACGCCCAAUUCGCCUGGUGGGCAGUUUCUGUUUCGGCCUGUCCUGUGUUAUAAUGGCCGGGUCUGCCUACAAUCCUCAGGUCCUGUCAGCGCUCAUUUUCUUGGCUCUCUCCUUUAAUGGCUUCGGAGGCAUCUGUCUGACCUUCACAUCACUCACGCUGCCCAACAUGUUUGGUUCUCUGAGCUCCACCAUCCUGUCUCUGAUGAUCGGCUCCUACGCCUCCUCUGCUGUCACCUUCCCUGGAGUCAAGCUCAUCUACGAUGCAGGUGUGUCCUUCAACGUGAUCAUGUGGGUUUGGGCAGGCCUUGCCGGGUUCGUCUUCUUCAACUGUUUCCUCAACUGGCCCACUGAAGGCUUCCCAACCCCCGACGAGGUAGACUACAGUAAGAUCCUCACACUGCAAGAGACGCCUUCACCUGACCAGAAGAUUGUCGCAGAGAGACUCAGCGAGAAAAAUGGAGAUAUCCGACACUCCACAGAGAAACUCCCUAAUGGACCUGACUUUGAUUCUGCACCCAAGUCUCCUCCCUUCCGCCGGUCUGUGUUCUCGCCCAUCUUCCUGUGGAGUCUGGUGACGAUGGGGAUGUCCCAGUUGAGGAUCAUCUUCUUCAUGGGAGCGAUGAACAAGAUGCUGGAGUUCAUGGUCACCCACGGUGAAGAGUCUCCAUCUGACGAGCUCGAGAUAGAAGAGAAAGUGAGUUUCUACUCGUCCAUCUUCGGCACACUGCAGCUGCUGUGCCUGCUCACAUGUCCUCUGAUUGGAUACAUCAUGGACUGGAGGAUGAAGGAUUGCACCGAUGAGAAGACUGUCCCCCCAGGCACAGAGCAGAGGCAGACCAGUUUACCCACGAGAGACCGUAAGAUCCAGAAAGUGACCAACGCCAUGAGGGCUUUCAUUUUAACCAACCUGCUGCUGCUCGCCUUUGGAAUUUGCUGCCUCAUCGACAACAUGCCUCUACAGAUCCUGACCUUCAUCCUCCACACGAUGGUCCGAGGCUUCAUCCACUCCUGCUGCGGAGGGCUUUAUGCUGCUGUAUACCCGUCCAACCACUUCGGCACGCUGACAGGCCUCCAAUCCAUGAUCAGCGCUUUGUUCGCUCUCCUGCAGCAGCCGCUCUUUAUCGCCAUGGUCGGACCACUGAAAGGAGACCCCUACUGGAUAAACCUGGGCCUGAUCCUCUUCUCCUUGGCUGGCUUCCUGUUACCGGGUUAUCUGUACUACCACCGCAGACAGCUGAUCAGGGAAAAGGAGGCCAACGACAAGAAGGCGGCCGGACAGGAGAUGCAGGCGCUCAACGAGAAUGAGACCAACGGAUACAAACCUCACACUAACGGGCUCCAUGCUGCAGAGGCUUAGAGCGGCCACACAGAGCACAGAGGGCCUUGUAGGUUUUUUUAAUAGGUGCCUUCAGAAUGAGCACCAGUAAUCUACGCAUCCAUAUACACUCACUGGCCACUUUAUUUGGUACACCUGCUCAUUAAUGCAAAUAUCUAAUCAGCCAAUUAAACGGCAGCAACUCAAUGCUUUUAGGCAUGUAUACAUGGUCAAGAUGACCUGGUGAAGUUCAAACAGAGCAUCAGAAUUGGGAGGAAAGGUGAUUUAAGUGACUUUGAUUGUGGCAUGGUUGUUGGUGCUAGACAGGCUGGUCUUGGAGUAUUUCAGAAACUGCUGAUCUACUGGGAUUUUUUCGUUGUUCCAGUUGUGUUUUGGUCACUGCUGGUAUACAUUUAACUCACUACAAACCAAACCACAGAGAAAAUAGGAUUCCUCAUGUUUCAUUAUGACUCAGAUUUAGUCUUUCAGUUCCUUGUGAUUUCAGUAGAUGUGUCAUCAUCAUUUAUUUAUUUAUUUUGGAAAUAAGUGUCAAAUAGCCAAAUUACUGUGAUUUUAAGCCAUAGAUUUCAAUAUCUACCACACAAAGAAACGUGCACACACCCUUUGACAGACUGUGUGUUAGGUUGCGGAUAUCAUGGUACUUGAAAUUCUAUUAUAUAGUUUUAGAAAUCGCCUGAUAAUCAUUACAAUCCUCGCUAAAACCAAAGAACAGCUUGAAAAUACUUGGAAAGUUGCACUUUUUACUUCAGUAUUGUUUCAAAAGUGUGCUUAAUGAAGCAAACUUUUUGUGUAUUGUGCUGUUUCUACUGUACACCCUCCGGUUAAAAAAAACUAUACUUAUAUAUGUGUAAAACAGAUCAUAUACGUAUCAAAGAAAAAAUAAAGCGUUUGAACAUCUCAAUACCAGACUUCUGGUACAUGUAAAGAAGCAUUUGAGGUCAUUUCAGAGCCCAAGUUAUUCAUACACACACACACACACACACACACACACGCACAGAUAGGCUGGUUGUAGAGACACCAUAUCUACCUCCUCUGUUUCAUUUUUGUGUACUGUCUCUCUGCAACCGACCCCCUCGUCUGUUCAUCAAUGUUUUGUUGUCAUUAGGAACAAUUAAACAUAUUAUUGUUAAAUACCUGAAAUGAAAAAUUAAUCAUUAAUCAUUUCUUAUUGUGCAUUCAUCACAGAGGUAUUGCUUAGUCAGCCCUUGCAUUUCUGGAUUUUUAUAUUUAAAUAUUUUUUUAUAUAAAGGAAAAGUUUGUUUUAUGGAACAUUCACAAGGAAAAAUAUGACUGAUUUAAAAUUCUGGCACACAGUGUUUGUUAAUGUUUUUGAUCACUUCGUACUGCUUUAUGCACAGAAAUGAACUAGUGUGUGUAUAAAAUAGGUAUUUAAGUGUAUUUUUUUACUCUAGCUGCAUUAGCUUUAAAAGGGAAGCGUUUGUUUCAUCAACAGUUAUUUUGUAGUGUGCUUAUCAUAAAUGAAGCUUUGAUGAUUGAUUGUGUAUUCUGCAUUUGCCUUUUUUGGUUGCUUUUUUUUGUAAACAAACUUCCAUCAAAUUGUUUUUUGUAAAUAUAACUGAGGUGUGCCUUGUAUUUUAUCACAUAUUCUGCUUGCUUUACUAUAUAUGGGUGUGUACAGUAUAUCAACCGAUGGCUUUGUUUUAACAUGCUUUUUAAAUUUGAUUGUUCUGCUUGGAUUCCCAAAGUCACAUUAAAAGGACAGUUUCAACACAGAAAUUAUAUUAUCCCAAAGUGACAACAAAUGUUUGUAUACAUGUUUGAUCUGAACACAGCAACAGUAAAUUGUAGAGUUAUUGAAUCAAUUGUACAAUUUUAAAUGUGUUGACUAUUAUUUUCAGUGUGAAGUGUGCUUUAGAUGUUUUUCGUUCUGGUCUGAUGCAUUUAUUUCCUGAUUUUUUUUUCCGUACAUAAAACGUUUUAGCUUUUUGAAUUCUUGCUCACUUGCCAUGAAGGAGAUUGUGUUUUGUUUUAACCCUGUGCCUUUGCUCCUAUCUUGCCUUUAUUUCAACAGAUUUGAAUGUAAGAUGAAUGCCUCUGCCAAACAUCUUUCUAGGUGAACCAAAGCCAAUGAGUAGCUUGAUAUGUUGAGUGCAUUACAAUAAGAGUUGGUGAGGUUCUCCAGUUUGGCUUAUGUCAUUACUUUCCUCUUGUACAGUAUUUUGUGAUGUUUGAAACAUGAACCAGCAAUUCCAGCAACUACUGACUUGUCUGUACCUCUGCAAGUUUCCAUAAAGGUCAAUAAAUAAUUAUUAUUUAUGUCAGACAACAGUAAUUUGCUGUCUGAUUCCUUGGGUUGAAGUUUAGUCAACAUCUCUGAUAUCCUCUACUACAACAAAACAUCCUUUGCCUUGUCUGUAUUAAGACCAACACAUACAGUGGCGUAUCUUAUUUCCUUACCCUUGGGGGUUGAAGUGUAAAAGUGUGUCUUCUUUCCUUCCAUAACUAUAUCCAGCUUGUGCAUUUGUUAAACAAAUAAAAUAAUAAUUGUAAACAUAUCA